UUCUCUGAAUAAAUCUGUGUAAUAACCUAUGCCUUGUACAAUCAUCACAGAAGCUCUUCGAUUCUUGUUAAACGCGUAUUUAUGGAAAACAACAAUAUACCAAUACCAUGAAGUUAGCAUUUUGAAUAGUUUCCGCCUUGUUGAAUAUUUCAGUUUGCUUGGACAAAGGAGUGGCCUUGAUAAAAAAAUUGAUUUAUCAUUGUCAUGGACACUGAUGGCAGCUCCACCAGCGAAGAACCGUACUGGUGUGGGAGAAACUGUCAGUACACUUACAACGUCCAAAGCGUCCUCGGGACCGGAGCGUUUGGUUCGGUACACCUGGCAUCGAUUACGCAUCAUGGUGGAGAUUUGGCGUCGCUUAUGGGUAGACGUAAAAGCGAAAAAUCUCCCCUCGCCCAGUGGGAAGCCUUGUGCUAUACUACGCAAAUUAUUGAUGGUGUGCAAUACUUACACGGCAAUAAUAUCAUCCAUGGAGAUUUGAAGCCCGGUAACGUUCUUGUAAAGCCGAAGGAUCACCACCACAGCUUACUCAUCGGUGACCUCGACGCUAUUAUUCCGAUGCAGCAGAGCAAUAGUAAUUCUCAAGACUUUCCCAGCGCCUUUGGGACCGUUCGUUACACGUCUCCAGAAUGUCUCAAGAAACUGUUCUCACUGGAAUACAGAGAUGUUGGAAGAAAAGCGGAUAUCUGGAGCGUUGGAUGUAUUAUACACGAUCUCGCCAACUGCUGCUUCGGUAUCGAAGACAAAAUGCUUGCCAACAAAGGAAGCCUGCCCGUGGCCUUUAAAGAUCUAAAUAAUAUUGCGUUGGCAACGCAAAUAAUCGCCGGUUAUCUCCCUGUGAUCGAUGAUAAAAUUGCGACACCGUUUGAAGAGAUGAUUAUACGGUGUUUAGAAGUGGAUAUCAAAAAGAGGCCAUUUGCAGCAGAUUUGAUGCGUGACAUGCGACAACUCUUAGGAGAACUGAGUGACCUCGCUGGCAGCCAGCAGGAAAGGGAUGAUCAAUGCAGUGUUUGCGGAAUUUCAGGCACACAACUUAACCAAAAUAAAGAAGCUGCAGAAAGCAUGACCGAGUUUGAUUCUACCGACUUAGAAGAUGUGUUGGACAAUUUGACACCGCUUCAUGCGGCAGUGCUACGGGAAAGUGUCACCGAUGUGCAGCAGAUUCUCUCCGAAUCGUCAACGGAUGUUAAUGCCAAAAGAGCCGGUCUGACGCCAUUGAUGCUGGCGUCAUGCGGCCGAAAUCCCCUUAUUGUGCAGUUGCUGCUGGACUCGCCGCGCAUUGACGUGAAUGCGGUUGCUCUCGGUUUCAAGAGCAUUACAGCUCUAAUGAUAUCGGUGUGGGGUCUCUACGGUAUAAGUGAGCCUUCGCAAAUAUCCAUCGUGAAUUUACUGCUAAGCCAUUCAAAAUGUGAUUUUACAUAUAAAACCGAUGAGGGGUUGAGUGCUCUGUCCAUGGCUUGCGUGCGGGACAAUACGGCAGCGGUGGACUGUCUGCUAAACGAAUUUCGACUGGAAAAAUAUGCGCUAGAUGAUCUCAGGCUCAUCUGGUGUUUCUCGGAACUCAAUAGUGAAAUGGGAAGGCUCAUGAGCAUGUGUCUUACCAAAUUAAGAGGUCUGAAGCCCCAGGAAGUGCAAAACAUUCUGGAAGACAUCCAUAACGACCGUGCGGCACUACUCGUAGCGGCGAUGGUGAAAUUGACUGAUAUACAGGAAGAGGCUAAUGAGAGCCUUGAAGCUCUUGAUCAUACUAUCAAUGUGCUUCGCCUGGGGAAAAUGGCUGUGGGCAAAUUCGUUGGGAUCAGUGAUAACGAAACCUUAGUUCGAAAGAAACAAGCCGAGCAUAAUUUACUCUAUGUGCAUGAUAUGUGUAAUUACGUCAGUACGGUGGAGAAGGUGAGGUGCGAUGGUGAUGUAGAGAUCUGCAUCAAGAAAAAGUAUCCAGUUAAAAUGUUAUGCCAUCCUGAUAUCCUUGACAUUCAAUCCCGAGAAGGCUACGAAGCCAUUGACGGAAGCGGGGAAACAAUUGGUGAAGGCGAUGUGGUCGAAAUUUUGGCGGAUUAUGAUACAGUAGCCGAGCUGCAAAAAGGUCACGGAAGGAUGCCUGGCCGCUUGCGGAAAGCAUUAGGAAAAACGGUUCUGAUUCGUUAUUUUGAUGUUCAUGGAGACGCUUGUAUCGUCCUUGCCGAUAGAUGUUUGCCUGUGAACCCGAGAGCAUUACGCAAAGUGACAACGGUACUAUGUGGCGACGGAUCAAGCCUGAAAAUUGAGGAUAAAGUGCGCUUACUUUACACGGAUUCCGCUCUCAAGCUACUACAGACCGAUGAGUAUGGAGGGUGGUCGGAUUCCUUGUCGGAACUCACCGGGCGCACACUAACUAUAGCCAACUUUCUAUUUUUACUUGAUAUGGAAAGUGAAGUUGUCAAAAGUGUUCUAAUAAUAAAUGGCGGAUCGCGUAUCUAUUAUCUCAAUCCGGAAGCAGUGGGCCGUGCGAAUUUACCAGAAGACGAUGAUUGCACUAUCCAACCAGUAAUACCCAACAAGAAAGGGCGGGGUGCGACCUCAUCACUCAUGGAUCAGAUUUUCCCGUCAUGAAGCUUUCUUUUGCGAUAGGAUUGGAUUUGCAUACAUUGGCACUAUCGGCACGCACUGGUGUUUAUUUCACCAGUAGCAAUUUCUUGCAGUUAGUUGCGGCUUGCUUAUAGCGACUUACCAUAAUCGAACCGGUUUCUGGCGUCUGUUCACUUUACUUUUGGUAUACUGUACGGGGCAGCCGGAAGGCCCGGAACUAACCGACAACUGAACCAUUAGGUACUUUAACCUAGAAGCGUUUCUAUUCAUGCAUUAUUUUCUGGUUUCAUUUAUUUUAUGCUUUUCUGCUUAGUUUUAGCAUGUUGCCAACUAUUGUUAUUGUUCUCCGUCGUGCAUCUCCCUACCGUGUAUCCAGUUGUUAUCAGCCGUACUGUGUAUCCUUUAUUUAACGCGAAGUGGCUAGCAACUCGGUCCUUUUGCGGAAACGGGCAUACCGCCGACGCAUUACACUUUUAUGCUACACAGUAGCA